AUGUCCGACUCGAGUUCUUCAGGAGAUGGCGUCCUUUUGACUCCUAGCCUGUUUUCGACCUCGUCUAUGUCGGACUUCUCACGUCCACACGACCACACUAGCCCCCAUCAUGGAAAAAAGGUCAAGGGUACCGGCAGGCAUUCUUAUAAACAGUCUCCGCGAGAGAAGGAGGCCGUUUGGCCUGAUUUUUUAGAAACGGCGCUCCUUGAAGCUCUGACAAUUUAUCGCCCUACUUCGAGCAAGGCUCCCCAGAAAUUACUUCGGUUUCCCAAGCGUAACGCGUUCAUAUCCAACUACAUAUUCAAGGUUACAGGCAAACGGCGAACUCCCAAACAAGUCGGGAGUCGUCUCCAGCAACUACGCGAAACUUGCACAUCGGAGGACAUUCUGACUCUCAUACAAUCGAAGGAAUUUCCUGACCUACCGCCUAAAGUUUCCCAGCUCAAGCAGGACGCUCCUGCUCCGGAUCUACAGAAGAAGCGCCCUCCCCCUCUGGGAAGUAAUUCGUCGAUGAGCACUCUCUCUCCGGACUCAUCGACACUUUACUCGAGUUCUCCUUGCACCUCACCGACGUCUUCUGGCUUCCCGGAUCACGACCAGGGAUCCUCCAGUAACUCCACAAUCACGCAGAGCGUCUGUCCUCGGCAUCUCGUCCACGUCGACUUAAAGCCAUACGAAGUCGAUCUUCCGUCCAACUGGAUGCAUCAGCCUUGGACAGGGGUACAACCCGCGACGUUCACGCUGGACCUCGAUGAGUCUCGUUUGUCCGACUCUCCCAUGAAUUGGCAGCGCAGAAUAACAGUUCUUGCCCCACGCCCCGUUUGGGCAUUUGUUCCCACUAUCGUCUUCAGCGCCUCGAUGCUCUCGCCCAACUCGGAGUAUGAGACCUUUUUCGCUGUGCACGACGUCAACGGCAAUGCUUUCUACAAGGAGGUCACCAAAAUCGAACGCGUUUCUACUGUGUCAGGCGACAUGCCGAUGCUCUACAGGACCAGCCUCAUUCCCAACUAUUGGGCCACUCUCGCAAGCAAAGCUUCAGAUCUCCGACAAUAUACUAUCGUUCAGGACAUUAUGAAAGUUGGCGUCCCCGUGGAUCAUGUGAAUCGGCCUCAAUGCUCCAUCGUCUACAAGUUCGACUGCUCCCCUUUGUCCCCAAUUCAGAUCUCGCCUGAUUCGCUCCCUUCCUACUACUCCUCGUAUCCUCAAGAUCCGCCCCAACUCCAACCGGACUACUAUCUUUACUCCCAACCGAAUCUCUCCAUUCCCUCGGCGGUGUUCGACAACACCGAAUUCUCAGCGGCACAAAUGUUGCCCAUGAACGACUUCCCAACUUGGAUUGAUUAUUCAACCGCAAACUGCUACGCUCAUUCCAUGUAUACCCCAACAACGAAUCUUAACGAGAGCGAUAUUUCCGCCUCCCUUCCUUUCCGCGACUUUUUCCCCUACUGA